AUGGAGAGCCCCCAAGCACACUCACAUCCCGACCAGAUGAAUACCCACAACCAACAGGAUGAGUCGAUCCUGGCUGGAAAUGACACACGGUCUGUGUCUCCAUUAGAAAGUGACACGAACUUGCCCAUUUUAGGUGCUGUGUCGCCGGAAACCACACCUGACCCAGACAAUCCGCGCCCCGAGAGUGCCAACGAGAGGACAUGCACCCGAUUCUACAACUCCUGGGAAGCCUUCUUACUUAGGCCCUGGAAAAUGUUUUUACUCCUUCUCAUCGGCACCAUCUUUUCCAUUGGCCACCAUUUAUUCUACCUUCAUCUCGACGGCAAGGAAGGCGAUGCGCAAUCUCUUAUGUUCCGGUACGGCACCAUCAUCGCCUUCUGCGCUAAAGCCAGCUUCGGAACUGCUGUGACCAUGGCAUUUCAGCAACGAGCUUGGCUCGUCGUGCGACGGAGGACGGCUCGGCUUCACACAGUCGAUUCCAUCUUUACCGCCAACACCGAGUUCACGUCCCUGGCUGACUGGAGGGCGAUAAAAAGGGCCAAGAUAUCGACUUGCCUCGCUCUUUAUUGUUGGCUUACGCCCCUGGUUGUGGUAUUGACUUCAGAAACUCUCUCUACCGUCGCGACAGAGUGGUCAGAGCUCGCGUCCUGUCCAUCCGUACGCACUCUCAACUUCACCAACGAAGCAAUCACCGAUUGGCGUGAUCCUAUUAAAAUCAACAACCGCCUAGAGCUAUCAGUAUCACUAUGGAACACCACGAUGCCAGAGAAUGGAAGCCCGGAUAUCACAAAGGGCGAGUUUGAUUACUGGGCCCGACCCUCCAUGCAGUACUCGAGACAGCUUCUUCCUCCGGUUAUAUCCCAAGGCCAACCCACAACCCGAAGGAGGGCGGGUGUGGAGAUAUGUUCCGAUAGCUGGGACUGCUCUUAUGUCAUCGAUUUUAUCGGCCCAGGCUAUAAAUGCCAGGAGCUCGCGUCUGGAGUGGGCUCCAAGGUGAAGAAACUUGGAGACUCUGAAGCACCGUUCGACACCAGCGCGAUUGCGCCAGAGGGCGACUUUACCUACCUCGCUAAUACUGAGAGGGGUCAGUACGGUGUGGAGCAAAUAACUAAUUCCAGUCUCGGCGGGAUGCCUCGUUUCGACCCGCCAUAUCCGAAGAAUAUGGGGGCUUUUCGAACCGAACCCAUCAUCUGGAUUGGAUAUGCUACCGUCAAUGAUACAUCGGUCCCGCAGCCGUUGUCGAGAGAAUCCCCAGGCUGGUAUGAUGCUUACACCCCGGUCAUUUUUGGCUGUGAACAUUACGAGAUCAACUACACCGUCAAGUUUGAGUACAUUCGAGGGGAACAAUCUCACGAAAUCAUCAGUCGCAACUACCUGAGGAAGGUGGUCGACACCACGUAUCUCCCCGACGAAAAAGACCCGGACAAAAGGCUCAGAGAUCGCACUGUAGCUACGCCAGAGGAGAAUUACGUGUUUCCACAUGAUGUGUGGAACUACCAACGAACAGCGGCAUUCCAUUCACUCGGCUAUGGUUUGAGGACCUAUCUGAAUGGAACAAUGAAGAUGCCAUAUUUUAUUGCAGAAACAGAAAUGAUGCUGACAUCUCUUAUGACCUUCAUAAACUACCUUCCCGUCGAUAAUCUUCCACAAGCCAUAGAGAAGCUGUACGAGGACAUCAUAGUGUCACUAUUGUCCGAACCGUCCUUCCUUGCUGUCUCCUGGGCAUCCAAUGGGAAACCCUCAGGAAACGCUCGCGGCGGCCCCGAGACAUCCUAUCCGUGUGUUCGUACACGGCCGAGUACUGUUUUUCGUUAUGAUAUGCUCCAGCUUUUAGCGGUGUAUCUGGCCAGCUUUGUUUUGGCUUUGGUCGGGGUGCUCCUGGGCUUUCAAGCGGCUCGUGAAGAAGGGUUGAUGCGCGAUAUGAAGCCAUCCUCUAUCAUGGAAGCCACUAGAGCGCCGAGUCUCAACGGGCUGGGACCUGGAGGCGAGCUGGACAAGAACAAGGUGAAGGUCGGGUACGGAUUGGUACAGCAGCAUGCUGGUGAAAGUGUGAGGAGCUUCGGGUUGGAGGGCGGUGUGAUACAGCAGCCUGGACGAUCUUGA